AUGGAUCAAUGUACCCAACGGUUGAACACGAUCCAGAGCACCACAGAAGUGGCCUCGGCAGUGGUAGCAGCUCUUGCAGACGCAGGAUCCAGACUGCAACACUGCGCGACUGCCUCCCGCAAGCUGAAACCUGACCCUUGGCACCGGGAUAAUUUGCGCUGCAUUAGUUUAGAUGUUGUAUACAUAUAUUAA